AUGUUUAAGGAAGUUAAGUGUUAUAGAGAUCGAUGCUGGGAAGAAGGAGUUGAAAGUUUCAAGGAGUCUGAUAUCUUACCAUUUGACAGAGAGUUGGGUCAAUUACAAAGUCAAUGGAAAAGAAUACAUGCAAAAGUAUCCAAAUUUGUUGGUGCAUAUGCUCAUGCAGAGUCUCGUCGGAAAAGUGGUGAGUCUGAUGACGACGUCAUGAAAACUGCAUUUGCAAUCUACAAAAAGGAUAAUAAAACAGAUUUCAAUAAGCUUCACUGUUGGGAAAUUUUAAGGCUUAAUGAUGUAUGGAAGCCUAUGGGAGAUACUGUCAAAGCUUGCAAAAAGAAGACAGUUAAUCAAGAAAGUGGCUCAAAGAGGUGGAGGAUCAAUGAAACUGGCAACUACUCCACUUCAAGUGAGCCAAAUACGCCAAGCAGUGGAGACCCAACUACUCCAAACGACGGAUUCACCAAAAAAUAA